GCAUCGUGGGGGUAACGCCGGCUGCCUUUUCUGCCAUCAGGGAUUUGCCUAAAAUGACCGCGAAGAGAGGGUCGGCUGAGGGAAGGAGCCGCGGGCAUCGCCAGGGAGGGUUCGUCUUUGGGGUCUGGAGGGAAGGAGCCAGGGCAUCGCCAGGGAGGGUUCGUCUUUGGGGUCUGGAGGGAAGGAGCCGCGGGCAUCGCCAGGGAGGGUUCGUCCUUGGGGUCUGGAGGGAAGGAGCCAGGGCAUCGCCAGGGAGGGUUCGUCCUUGGGGUCUGGAGUUUGCCAGGUUGGUUGUUGAACCGCAGCAGCCUGAGGAAGCCAGUGCUGUCGUCAGAUGAGCAAGGGCAGCUCGCUCAGCGGCGUAAGUUGCCGAGGUCCCACGAAUGUCAGUUUCCGUCUGGAUUCUUUGGGGAGAGAGAGAGAGACCGUAUUCACAUAACUUCAGAUGCAGUCUAUUUUAAUAAUUGUUCACUAUUAUUGUUGUUACUCUCUUAGGGUGCCCAGUUUAUAAGUUAAGCUUCAUUCUAGGUGUGUAUGUAAUUGGGCUGGGUGUUGCGCAGGGGGGUGAGCCACCGCUUGGAGUGACAGUUUGAGUCCCAGCUGCUGAACUUCCUGUCCAACUUCCGUGCUAAUGCACCCUUGCAGACAGUGGGUGAUGGCUCAAGAGCUUGGGCCCCUGCCACCCACGUGGCAGGAAUCAAGGGGCCCUGGCUUUGGCCUGGCCCGGCUGUGGGGAGUGAACCAGCAGAUGAGACAUCUCUGUCUCUGUCUCUCUCAUUGCUCUGCCUUUCACGUAGGCGAAAGUAAAUAAACAUUAAAAAAUAGCAUAGAUAGGGUUUGCUACUGUUUGUGGUCCGGGCAUCGCUGGGGGUCUUGGAACAGAUACUGUUUGUGGUCUCCAUCACUGGGGGUCUUGGCUGGUGAGUUGUGACAUGUUAACAGAUCGACAAUUCACGGGAGUGUUUCUGUUUGCUACACCUGGCCUGCCCUGUCGGGGGCAGCUAUGAACCCCUGAGGAAGGCACUUCCCCAGAUGUCCUGAGGUCAGAGCUGGGUGCCGGCUCCCUGUGGCCUGCCCCCGCCCCCCGCCCCACCCCCGCCAUGCAUACAGUCCUUGGGCAUUGUCUGAGAGCCUGCUGUGUCCUGCUCGGCCGGAGUGGGCAUGAGGCCAGGUGAGAAGAAGGAGCUGCCCCAGGCCUGUUGCACACAGGGCGGUCCCUCACCGAGCCCCAUCCGCGCCUCUGAGCUGGAGGAAUGAGAAAGCUUAGAAGGGACUGGGCUUGGGUUCCUGAGUUCUGGUGAGAGGGGGCGGAGCCAGGGGCCCUGACUUCCAGCUGUGGCCGUGAGAGCUGCCGGUACCGCGGGCCGGUCCCUGGCAGGCGCUGUGUGGAGCGCUGCACGUGCCUGUCCGCCCCAUGUACCCUGCAUCCGGACGAUGACACUGGGACAGGCAGCGCUGUCCCUGCCAAGAAGUCAGGCGACUUAACCCGAGGUCCCAUGGCUUCCCUGUGUGUUCCUGAGCCGGGGUCGGAUCUCAGCGUGCCUCCACCCCUGCUCCCAGGCAGCCAUGGCCGCUGCCCGUCAGCCUCAGCCCCCUGGGAUCUGCUGUAGGGGGUGGCAGGGAGUGUUGCACAGGGCAGGAAGGGACAUAUCUGUAUUGCUCCACCCGCUGUGUGGCUGCUGCCCACUGCCUGUCCAGGAAGUCCCCCUCCGCGCCCCUCCUUGGGUCCUCUAGUGGCCAAGAAAGGGAUUAAGCCUUGGUCCUCGAGGCGCCUUGGUCUUCCUUAGCUCUCCCCUCUCCAGGCUACACGGCCACAGCUCCACCGCCCUUCCCCUCCCAGGUCCUGACAGCGCAGCCCAGUGGCAGAGCUCAGGCCUUGGAGGCCAGCCUUGCUACUUCCUGUGUGCCCUUGAAUAGGUUCUUAGCCUCUCUGAGUGUCAGUUUCCUCACUGUGAACUCUGCCUUCCGAUGGUCAGAGGAGGAUCCGUGAUUCAUGGGGUAGCAUAGCUUGGGGUUAAAGGCUCAGACCAGAUAGCCCAAUUCUGAGACUGUGUUUGCUCUGUUUAUAGCUUUAUGAUGUGGGCCAACUUCUUCAUCUCUCAAAGCCUCAGUUCUACAGCCACGCCCUUACAGGGAUGAUGUGGGCCACGUAGCCGGGUGGUGUAGACGCCGUCACCACAGUUGUUAACUGGAGACACACGGGGACUGUCCAGGGCCUGUUUCACACAGAAAGGGCUCCUGGGCCCCCGAACCAGGACCCGGAUCUGCUCCCAGGCCAGUGUCCUGACCGCCUGCUGCCUUGGUGUGUGGGCCCAUCUGGGGAGUAGCUCACAGCUUCGCCUGGGCCGAGCGCUGGAGCGAGAGUCCAGUGCCUGGGUCCCUGUGCUCAGGCACACUCCCAGGUGGUCUUCUCAGGCGGGACCUGAGAAGGCCCGAGGGCUCCCUGUCGACUGGAAGCCACCCCCAGAGCGCGACAGAUCAUCUGCGAGUCGUGGGCUGGCGGGGAGGGCAGGGCAGCUCUGGCUGUUCCUCCUGGGAGCUUUCCUGGAUGUUAGGUCUGUCAGACGGGGAAACUGAGGCAGGGGAGCCUCAGCCUUCUAGAAGCUUCUUUUCCUUGGGGCUUAACUGGUCAAGUGGAGCUGGCUUGCUUAGAGAUUUGUGAAACAAAGGUGAUGUCACGGAGAGGGGACAUGUGGCAGGAUCUGUGGCACUUCCAGAUUCUAUGCUCUGCCCCAGCUGAUGGUGGCCCUUGGCCAGGUGCUCACCUCCAGUAUGGGCCCUUCCAGCUCUGGGAGAAAUCCAGCCUCUGUGUACUGAUGACUGUUGUGUGCACGGUCUCGGUGGGGAGGGAGCCAGGGCACUGGGAUGAGGCGUGUUCCUGAGCAGGGCAGGACUGGGAAGCGCUCCGCGUUGAUUUUCGGGAGGCGGCAGUGAUGGAGACGCCUCCCCCUGUCUGCUCUGGGUCUCGCUGCCCCCGUGGAGGGGGGCUGUCUCCAUGUCCGCUUCCUCGGCCACUUCUCUCGGUCUAAAAGCUUCAGCUUGGGACCACCAUGUCUGGCCUUGUGCCCUUGGCCAGACCCUUCCUAAGAGGGGACAGUGGCUGGCUCCUUAGAUGAAGGCCAGAAUCUCGGGCGGGCGUUGUGGCGCCCUGGGUUAAGCCACUCGUCAUGCCAACCGCUUACAAGGCCGGAGCACCAGUGGGAGUUCCUCCGCUCUGCUUCCAGUUCAGCUCCCUGCUCAUGCGCCUGGGAAAGCAGUGGGAGAUGGCCCAAGUGCUUGGGCCCCUGCACCCACGUGGGAGACCUGGAUGAAGCUCCUGGCUCCUGGCUUCAGCCUGGCCCAGCCUUGGCUGUUGCAGCCAUUUGGGGAGUGAACCAGUGGAUGGAAGAUGGAUUUUCUCUCGUUCCUUUCUGUCUUUUCCCCUCCUACCCUCCCCGUGUGUCACUCUGCCUUUCAAAUAAACAAACACAUUUUUAAGAAAUACAGCAGAAUCCUGGGGCUGGCGCUGUGGCGCAGCGAGUUAAUGCCUUGGCCUGAAACGCCGGCAUCCCACAUGGGCACCAGUUCAAGACCCGGCUGCUCCGCUUCUGAUCCAGCUCCCUGGGAAGGCAGGUUUCCAGAAUGUUCUGUGCUCCUUUCUGUCACGCAGGUGCUGUCCCUUCUGCCCAAAAUGCCUUGUCCCCUUUCUGCCCUGGUGGUCACCUUGGUCUGGGCUUAAAGGUCACCUCCUUGGCGAAGCCUCCCCGACCACCCCCUCUCUCCCCACUCCCCUGCUGGACAAAGCAGUUCCUCCCCCUUUGCUAUAACUUCCCUCAGGCAGGGGUCUUCCGGGUCCCACCAUUACCUGGUGAGCAGGUGUUCCCAGCUAGUUGUCACCACAGGGCAGCCAUGUCCACACCUUUGGAUCGCAGACUGGUGCAGGGCAGGUGCCGGUGGUACCGGGUUAAUGGGCAGGUGCUUGAGAAACUAAAUAGCACCAUUUGCUCUCUUCUCGGAGCUCCUGGGGAAAGAAACCCGUGGAUGACCAAGCCUCCCCUGUCUGUGUCCCUAUCUUUUCUGUUUUCAAACAUUUACUUAGUUGAAAGGUAGAAUGACAGGGAGGGAGAGAGAUCCUCAGUCAGCUGGUUCACUCCCCGCGUCUAAAUGCCUGCAGCAGCUGGGAGCCAGGAACUUCAUCAGGAUUUCCACGUGGGUGGCUGAAACCAAAGUGCUUUGUCACCCACGUUAGUGGGGGCUGGGACUUGAAGGGACUUGGAUACGUGAUGCAGGCAUCCCCGGUGCUCAGCCCACUGUGCCACAGCACCCGCCCCACUUUCCCCAUCUUGUCGUGGGGAGAGGCCUAAUGGCCAGCUAACACAGCCUUGGGUUUGAAUCCUGGCUCUGCCGCUGGCCAGCCCUGUGACCUUGGGCAAAUUACUUCUGCGCCUCAGUGUUGUCGGCUGUAAAAUGGUUCAGCACUGUGGUGUGUUUCCAUACAGAAAGGCUUCGAGUGGUCCCAGCACAUGGGACCUGCUCGGUGGUAAAGGGGAGGAGGACGGUCACUGGAACAUGGGACCUGCUCGGUGGUAUGGGGGGAGACGGUGGCAAAGGCUCCCUCCAGAGCCCUUUGUGGUGCAGACCUAGCCCUAAAGUUGGGCACAUCUGGCCUUAGAGGGUUGUUUUCUAGUCUCUUGCUGGAAGAGGAGUUUCUUCUGGGCCAUGGAGCCAGGCCUGUUUGGGUUCACCCCGGCCCUGAGCCCUGGAGGCGGAGGUGACGGUGACGGUGGCAUCUCCCAGCUGUCUGCCCCCUUGGGUGGGGGCCAUCUCCAUUUCUCAGCAGCCCAGAUGGUUUCCCUCAGCUCAAGGCCUGCGCCUCCAGGGCCAGGGCUGGGAGCACUGGUUUUAGGUCAACUUUGAAGGAGAAUUCUAGCUUUGCCACUUGUUUUUGGAAUCUGAGCAAUUUAAUUUACUUCUGAGCCUAGGGUUUUUGUUGGUUUGUUUUUUAAGAUUCAUUAUUGCUUUGAAAGGCAGAGAGGAGAGACAGAGAUCUUCCACGCACUGGUUCACUCCCCACACGGCUGCAACAGCCAGGGCCGAGUCAGGCAGGGGCUUCAUCUGGGUCUCCCACAUGGGGCAGGAGCCCAGGAGCAAUAGAAGGGAACUGGAUUGAAGUGGAGCAGCCGGCACUCCAGCUGGCGCCCAUGGGUGAUGGCAGCGCCAGUUUUCUCAUCUGUUCAUGGGACCAACAACAGCGUGCGCUGCAGAGGCCGCGAGAAGGUCGUGGCGGGUGCUCGGCGCGGGGUCUGGCACAGCGUAGGUGUCCAGUGGAGCAGCUCUGCCCGCAGGCUCGCCCCUCCUCUGCUGGAGACUUUUAUAAAGAGUUGCUGUUUAAGCCACCUGCUGCCACCUGAGGGACAGCAGGUGAGAAGACGGUCGUCCUCUGACGCGGGAGAGGAAGGCGCGCUUCGGGUCCGAGCCGUCCCCUGGUCCGCGUGCAGAGCGCCGGCUGCACCGGUGCGGUGGUCCCGGAUCUGGGCAGGUGCAGGUUCACUGUUCAUCCUCGUAGCCAGCUGGGAGUGGAUUUCCACGGGGCUCUAGAACGGAGCAGCACCGUUACCAUCUCCCCAGGGAAUGGGCUUGAAAAUGACACCGAGGUGGGGGUAGGCGAUGGACCGGGGUCUCUCCUGCUGUCCGUGAUGUGGCUUCGGGAAGAUGUUCAGCCCACGCCCACCAUAGGGCGCUGACAAAGUAGGUGAGGGCCUUCCACGUGAGAGCCAAACCCUCUUUGUGAGUGCCACUCGACAGAGGCCGCCCACCUGUGGGAGGGACUGACCUCGCAGGCAAGAGACCCAGGGCCCAGCUGCCGCCACCGCCAUCUUCCACCUGGACCGCUGGGGCACCCCAACUAAAGGCUUUUGAAACACUCUUAGAGGGGCCGGCGUUGUGGCAAAGCAGGCAAAGCUGCUGCCUGCUGUGCUGGCAUCCCACAUGGGUGCUGGUUCAUCUCCUGGCUGCUGCACUUCUGAUCCAGCCCCCUGCUAAUGUGCCUGGGAAAGCAGCAGAGGAUGGCUCGAGUGCUUGGGCCCCUGCACCCAUGUGGGAGACCUGGAGGAAGCUGCUGGCCCUGGCUUUGCCCCAGCCCUGGCUUUUGCGGCCAUUUGAGGAGUGAACCAGCAAAUGGAAGGUCUCUCCGUCUCUUUUCCUAACUCUGUAUUUCAAUAAAUAAAUAAAUAAAUCCUAAAGAGCUUUUUUUUUUUUAAGAAAGUUCUUUGCUGGCGCGUGGCUCACUAGGCCAAUCCUCCGCCUGCGGUGCUGGCACCCCGGGUUCUAGUCCCAGUUGGGGCACCGGAUUCUAUCCCGGUUGCCUCUCUUCCAGGCCAGCUCUCUGCUGUGGCCUGGGAGUGCAGUGGAGGAUGGCCCAAGUGCUUGGGCCCUGCACCCGCAUGGGAGACCAGGAGAAGCACCUGGCUCCUGGCUUCAGAUCGGUGCAGCGCGCUGGCCGUAGCGGCUAUUUGGGGGUUGAACCAACGGUAAAGGAAGACCUUUCUCUCUCUCUCACUGUCUAACUCUGCCUGGCAAAAAAAAAAAAAAAGAAGAAGAAGAAGAAGAAAGAAAGAAAAAGAAAGAAAGUUCUUUAGAAUUUUUUUCAGUUAACGUAUCCUGAUGUAUUUGAAAGGCAGAGGGACAGAGACAGAGAGAGCUCCGCUGCUGGCUCUCAACAGCCGGGAGCCAGGACUUGAGCCGUCACCUGCUGCCACCCAGGGUGUGCAGUAGCGGGAAGCUGGGUGGAGCGCAGAGCCAGGACACCACCCUGGGCACUGGCUGGGGUGUCCUGGCUGGGGGCCACAGGUGUCCCAGGUGGCAUCUGAGUGCCGCCCCUGCCAGUUCUUUUUUUUCUUUUAAGAUUUAUUUGAAAGGCAGAGAUGGAGAGGGAGUGAGGGAGAGACGGAGAGGGAGGUCUUCCAUCCACUGGUUCACUCCCUGGAGCUGUGCCGAUCCGAAGCCAGGAGCCAGGAGCUUAUUCCAGGUCUCCCACAUGGGUGCAGGGGCCCAAGGACUUGGGCCAUCUUCUACAGCUUUCCCAGGCCAUAGCAGAGAGCGGGAUCAGAAUGGAGCGGCUGGGACUCGAACCGGUGCCCAUAUGGGAUGCUGGUAUUGGCUUUACUGCUGUGCCACAGUGCUGCCCCAGGCCCCCCACCCCCGCCAGUUCUCAUCUCUCUUCCACUCUUCCCCGGCAGAUGCCUGGGCUCUUUACAGCAGACUCUAUAGCUCUCACCUGUCCUUGCCAUCCCGGCCCAGAUGCCCCGGCUCUCCCUCUCCGCCUGAGCCCUGGACCACUGCCAGGCGCCACUGGAACUCUCAACUUGGGCUUUCUCUCUCGAGUGGCCAUGGCCACGCCCUCCGCCCAUCGGGGCCUUGGGUCCUGGCCAUUGCUCCUCCAGCGCUGGGGCGGAGUCCGGCCGCUCGGAGGCCCUCGCUGAUGGAGCUCUUCCUGCCUCGCAUCGCGCCGUGUUCCUCCGCUCGGGGCCCUCUGUUCACCGGAAGCGGCAACCAGGGCCAGGAAAGGGGCUGUGAAGUUAAGGCCACAGAGGGCAGUGGAAGGUGGAAUGUUACAGGAGGCCGGAGGAAAAGCCGGGAUUUCCGUGGCACCGCGGCGCGCCCUCGGCAGGUCCAGGCUCUUUCCCGAGCCUUAGGUCCCUUGCUCUUCCUCUCCAUCCUCAGUGACCACUUCCCUCCCUGCCCCCACAGCACCUUAGUUCCAGCAAUUUCUAAGAAAUUUCUCGUGUUUCAGCCACCGCAUUUCCCAUGGAGGCUUCUUCCAGCUCCGGAGCAGGUUGCCUGCACGGCCCAGAGGCUCUGCCGGCUCUGGCCUUGGACACAGGAGGGCUCUGGGUGGCAGCGCCCCCAGCCUGGGCGCUGUUCUCUGUCUUCACCCCUGGCUGUUGCUGUGGUGUGUCUUGGAGACAUCAAUGAAACCCCUGGAGGUGCCAGACAGGGGCCGCCUGUGUGAUUUUGUUGUUGUUUUAACAUUGAUAGAGUGAUAGAGAUCUACUAUUCUCUGGUCCACUUCCCGGAUGCUUGCAACAGCCAAGGCUAGGCCAGGCUGAAGCCAGGGGCCUGGAGCCCCAUCCGGGUCUCACGUGGGUGGCAGGGACCCAAGUACUUGGGCCAUCCUCCGCUGCCUCCCAGGAUCCACUAGCAGGAAGCAGAACAGCCGGGACUCGAACCAGGGAAGCCGGCGUCCCAAGCAGCGCCCGGUUCAGGAAGCUUUCCUGCCCCGGGGUGGCCUUGUUCACUGACACCUUCCCCCUCUGUG